CCUCGAGAAUCCAACCAAUAACAACACGUGGGUAUAUGCCACAAGCAAGAACAGAGUAUGUUCUUCUGGCCCUAACACAUUGGGUUUUACGCAGCUCUUGUUUCCAAUUUCCAAUUUCUAACCCCACCAGACUCCGCCCUACACCGCCGGCCAACCAAGUCCAAGGGCACGCCACUGAAUCUCAGCCUUUUGAACUCCAUCAGCAAAUUCAUCACCGUCAUCCUUUUCCAUCGAUUGGUAUGGCAGAAGUUGACAAGAGUACUUCUGCUAAUGGGAUACAAGAAAAUCCACAUCUUGAAGAAACACAAGAACAUGUAGAUGCUCAAGUCACUAAAGGUGGUGAAAAUAGAUGGCCUGGAUGGCCUGGAGAGAGUGUUUUUAGAAUAUUGGUUCCUGCACAAAAAGUGGGAAGUAUUAUUGGACGAAAAGGCGAAUUCAUCAAGAAAAUGUGUGAGGAGACAGGGGCCCGCAUCAAGAUUCUUGAUGCUCCACCAGGAAAAACAACAGAAAGAGCUGUGAUGAUAUCUGGAAAGGAAGAACCUGAUGCUUCUCUUCCCCCUGCUGUAGAUGGUCUUCUUAGGGUUCAUAAACGCACAGUGGAUGGUUUAGAUUCUGAAUCUUUUCCUGUUCCUGUUCCACCAGGGUUCAUAAAGGUCUCCACAAGGCUGCUUGUGCCAGCUGUACAAGCAGGAAGCUUGAUUGGAAAACAAGGAGCAACAGUAAAAUCUAUCCAAGAAGCAUCCUCUUGUAUUGUUAGAGUUCUUGAAGAUUUACCAAGUUUUGCUCUUCAAGAUGAUAGAAUUGUUGAGGUAGUUGGGAAACCUGGUGGGAUACACAAGGCAGUUGAAUUAAUCGCUUCUCAUUUGAGAAAAUUCUUGGUUGACCGAAGUGUUAUUUCGUUAUUUGAAGUGCAAAUGCAAGCGCCAAAGCCUCAAAUGGAACAACAAAUACCCCCUCCUGAAUCCUGGGGUCCACCACCACAUUUUAUGGCACCUCCAAGGCAAAUUGAUACUUACUAUUCACCACCAGAGAUUCAGCCUCACCAAGGAAUAUCAGCCUACGGAAGAGAAGCUCAUGUAGCCAUGCAAGCAACAACAACAGCUCCCUCUGUUAUCACACAGGUGACACAGCAAAUGCAGAUUCCGUUAUCAUAUGCGGAUGCUGUGAUUGGUACAGCUGGAUCAAAUAUAAGUUAUAUACGUCGUGCCAGCAGUGCAACUAUUAGUGUACAGGAAACAAAGGGAGUUCCUGGGGAGAUGACUGUGGAGGUUAAUGGAACUGCUUCACAAGUCCAAACAGCUCAGCAAUUAAUUCAGAAUUUUAUGGCUGAUGCCGCCGCCACCACCGCCGCACCACCACCACAACCCCCGCCACAAAUCCAAACAAGCACAUCGGAACAAGGAUACAAUCCUUAUGCCGCCCAUGCUACAAUGUAUGCAUCACCACCAACCACCAGUUAUGGAGGACAAACAGGAGGCUAUGGUUCAAUCUAUGGUGCUAAUUAUGGUUAUUAAGGUUAAUGGUUUAAAUUUUUUUAAUCUUUUAGAUUUUGUAUACGUUUAUAUAUAAAAUAAGUGUUAACUUUAUCUAUGAUUAAAAAAUAAUUAACAAGGUCCCAUUGACACAUUUGGUUGUAGUAUUUCAUUUUUUAUAAAUUAUAAAAGAUGAUAUAUUGAAUUUGUC